CGGGGUCUGGGUAUCAAAGCCAAGAGAUCUCUUUAUUUCGGAGUCCCUUGCCGAAGAUUGAACCAUCCUGGUAAUCAGAUACAGCUCAACGUCUAACAACGUGACAACGUCUGAUCGAAUCGCCCUAUUCCCUUCUAGACCCUAUCUAUGGGUCUUCGCUUCAUCAAUGCCUAGUAUUACCGUUACAUACCUUAACGGCCUUAGCUAGAGCUUCUCCGUCGACAAUUCUUCGGCUACAGAUGGCAACGGCAAGGAACUAUAUUCGAAAUCAAGACAAUAAAAUAAUUCCUCACAUUCUUAUCCACGACUUCAAAAAUAAUACUUGAAAGCUUGUUAUAGAAAGAAAGGAGGUGGUAAUGGCCGUUGACUUCCUAUCUAUGUCAGACUUGGGUUCCAUCCCCCUUUCAGAGCGGUUCGCAAAAAUAAAACGGAAUCUUAUUGCUGGCAAUGAGAAAGCCGUUGCCGAUUCAUUCUACCGUUUACUCAGUCAAUUGAGAAAGGAAGCAGACCGUAUUGCAGCAGCUGGACCCGACAUAAUACCCACAAUCGACUACUUCGACAUACAUGAUCCAACCAAAGUAGCGGUCUUCCGAGAUGCACUUAAGAGAAGAGGCGUCGCAAUCAUACGGAGGGUCGUUCCAUCAAACGUUGCCUUAUCAUGGAAAGAAGAAACACAAGAAUACCUCCGGCACAACCCAUCCACCAGAGGAAUCCCAGCCCACGACCCACAACUCUACGAACUCUUCUGGAGUCCAGGACAAGUACGAGCUCGCGCCGACUCACGCCUACUCGAAGUCCAGAGAUUUAUCAUGAGGAUAUGGAAUUCCAGUGAUGAAGAUGCCCUCGUAAGCGGCAACCACCCAGUAUCUUACGCAGACCGCAUCCGAAUGCGAAGACCAGGCGACAUGUCACUAGCCGCAGGCCCACACAUCGACAACGGCAGUGUCGAACGGUGGGAACCAGACGGAUACGGGCGCGCCGGCACCUACGCGAGUAUCUUCCGCGGGCAAUGGGAAGACUACGAUCCCUGGGACAGCAGCACACGCUUAGGCGUAACAUCGGACCUGUACAACAGUGUAAGCUCAUGCAGCAUGUUCCGCAUGUUCCAGGGCUGGCUCUCGCUCUCCUCCAUAUCCCCGGGUUGCGGUUCACUACACGUAUGUCCCAUGCUACACCUCACAACCGCAUACCUCCUCAUCCGCCCUUUCUUCUCCCCGCGCUUCAAAUCCGGUCCUAAUUUCCUACACGAGAAUAAUUGGAACCUGCACGUAGCACAGAAUAGCGUGAUCCAAGGCGCCGUCCCCGGACGCGGGAUCCAGGAGUUGAGUGAGGCGCUACAUCCCCAUUUGAGAUUGGGCAAGACUAUGGUACCGAUUCCUAGGGUGGAGCCGGGGGAUUACGUGCUUUGGCAUCCGGAUGCUGUGCAUGCUGUUGAUGGCAUACAUGCCGGCUUGAAAGAUGCUAGUGUAUUGUAUACGCCGGCGUGUCCGCUUACCCAGACUAAUGCGUUGUAUCUUGCCCGCCAGCGUAGGGCGUUUUUGCUUGGGCGGCCGGCGCCGGAUUUUUUGUCCGAGGGUGGGUGGAAUGGGGAACAUAUGCAUAUGGGACGGCCUGGGACGCAGGAUGUUAGUGAUGCGGGUGGGGAGGAGGGACUUAGGUCUAUGGGACUAUUGCCUUGGGAUGAGAAGGGCGUUUCGGGACCGGCGGAGAGGGAGUUGUUGAGGCAGGCUAAUGCUAUUUUGUUCCCGGAUCGGUUUGAUAUGAUGGGGCCGAGGAGGGUGAAGAGGAUUUGAAGGCGACGGGCUGGCGCAAGGACGUGGUUUGGGGGUAACUUGAAGGGAGUAAUUCUAAUAGUGGAAUGGAUGGUUUGAUGUCUUUAUAAGUAGAGGAGGGAAUAUCAGAGCUUGCUGAUAGUGUGCGCAUAGACCACUGCAUUAAAUAAGCAUUUACGGUCCUUAGAGAUAGAAUAGUAUGUGGCUCACGCGUGCCGGCGUAUAUAAUACAUAAGAUUUUUUACCUGGCUUGAGUUUAGUCUGGUCGUGUUUUCCGAAGGAAAUUUCCAUAUCCAUUUGAGUUCUUGUGCUAUCUCAUCCCGAUUCAUUGAAGUCGCCUCAUUGAUGGCCAGUGAACGUAUUCCUUAUUGUAGGGUAUACGUGAUAAUACCUAAAGCGGUCAUUCAAUCAACUUAUGAUAUGAAUAGCUCAUAACGGUUCUGAUAUUGAGUCGA